GUAGCCCAUAGCAGUAUGUGAUAAACAUUUGUCAAAAUUCUUUCCUUCAACCAAAAAUAAACCGAAUCUUUUUCUAGCUGAAAAUUUACCAAAAAAAAUCCAAGGUUUUGAUUACUGGAUUUACAGAAUAGUAACAAAUAGAAUCGGAGUGAACCUUAACCUACAACCCGAUCAAAAUAAACACGGUUUGAAAUGGCAUUUUAUGUCGACAAGGACAAGGGAGAGAGGCCAGCCGAUGCUAUCCAUGUGCGGAAUGACAAAGUCGGACAAUUCUAUCGCAUUGUUGUAGACACAUGGGAUAAUAAGUCUGAAAUCUGGGCACUUGCCUACGGUGGAAAGGUGCUUGGUCUUGCUGGUGCGCUCAGUGGAAUGUAUGGAAAUGCGUACUUUCGCCGAAAAUUACGACUGAAGAAUUAUGGAUUUUUUUCAACUUAUCUACCAAAUAUGGCACUGCCAUUUCUCAUUACAGCCUCAUUUCAUGAAUCGUAUAUACAAAAAGACAUUUUUGUGGAUCCAUUGGGUUGUUCACUGUGCAAAGGUACCCGGGCUGCUGCCGUUCAGGUUAUUUUCGGACUGAUACAACCAUUAGUUUUAGUACCCGCUUCAUCGUUUAUGUUUGCGACAAGACAUUUUACUCUACGUAUUCCGUCACCAAUACGAGAUCGCAAAGACUUUCUCAAGUUUUGUAGGAAAAUGUUUAUACCACUAAAAGUGCCGAUGGGCAUAAAUGUUGCUUUGCAAACAUUAUUAGCGUUUUUCAUCACACACAUGGAAGAGAAUCAUUUCUUCUAUUUGCAACAGGCGAUAAUUAAACCGGACACUGAACAAAAUGUAGCAACUGAAGAAGUGUAAAACAAAUGUUAGAAGAAGAAUCUUAGGAAUCAUCCAUACUUUUCUCGUGCUAAUGAAGCAAUUUUAGAUUUUUAUUGAGACGAUGUAAUGAAUUAACGAUGAAAUUUGAUGAUGAUGAUGUUGUUGACUCGUUUCAAGCUAGAAAUAUUUUCAAUAAAAUUGAACAAAACAAAACAAA